GUGUCCAUCUCGAUGUUAGGGAUUUGUAGGAACCAAGUUAGGAGGGCAAAAGCAUUACACACAUGUUUUUAGGAACAAACACGCUUGCGUGUCCCCAGUGGCUGAACUAAGGCUGCAUGGUCCUAACUACCCACGGGGGAUGCAACUGGCCGGCCAUCCCCUUCCCCAGGCGCUCGCUACCUGUGUUUGUUUGGGUUUGGGGUUUUGUGUUUGUUUUUUUUUUUUUUUUCUUUUCCUGGCCGGGGGCUGCUGCCCCUGAUAAAGGCAUCGCGCCGAAACGCGUGGGUGCUGCAGAUCAGCCCCGUCACCCCGCGGCGCAGCGUGUGGCGAGGCGAUACCAGCCCCACGUCGGCCCCGCAGCGCUAUCACCCAGCCGCAGGGCCACGGGAGGGACAGCCAGCCGAAAUGUCGGCGGGCUCGGCAGCCUGAGGGCUGCUUUUCUGCAUGUUUUGAGCCUCUUUGAAAAGGGAAAGCGGGUUGAAUUAUAUUUUGCCGGGAUGGAUUCGCUGCCAUUAAUCGCCAGGAGCGCUGCGUGCUCCCCCUGGUGUGCUUGGAUGCUGUUAAACAACAGCCCUGGCCCUGCGAGGCGUGGGUCGGUACCCAGUGGAUCGCAGCACGUCCACAACAUGUGUGCUUUGACCAUUUAAGAAGAAGUCCUGGGCUGGACGUGCAGAAAUCCCGAGGGGGGCUGGUCAGAUGAGGCCCGGGGAGGGAGGAGGAGGAGGAUGAAGACAUUGGGAUUACUGGAAGAUUCCUCUGCCAGGCUCCUAACUCCGAGGUUGGUGAUAGGGCGAUGUUUCCCAAUCUCCAAGGCCGAAUUAAUGCCGGAAACGUGCAGCAUCAGCCUCUGCACCAUUUCCAUUACACCUCCAGCUCCAGAGCUGCUCUUGCACGUUAAGGACACAGUGGUCCACCCAUGCAGGGCGAGAGGGAUGCUCUCCACCAUCAAGGGUGGUUCGGAGACCCUUAGGGUUGCCUUGGCCAGGAUUUGCCCAUGGGGGACCCCAAAGAACUGCAGCCACCCCUACGACCUUCCCUUGUUUUGACCUGCUAAAAAUUAGGGACCUGGUCCGGAUGAAGGGCUGGGGUCCCCCAUGUACAACGGAGAGGCCACGUCCCCGCCAGCUGCAGGAGGUGCGCGGGUGAUGGGCUCAGAUAAGACAGCCAAUUUUCAGCUGGCUCCAGCAAGGUGAAGCCUUUUGUCCUCCUCCCUGCCCAGGCACUGCGCUGCCCUGAUAACUUCUGCCUCUUUUUUGGAGGCUCCGCGGGGAAGGAGCGGGGCUCGGAGAUGCUCUUGGCACCCCCCCCCCCACCUCUCUGUUUUCUCCAGUUGGCGGGCGAGCCCGGGUGCUGCUGGCGGUUUAAAGCUUGGAUGCAAAUAAAACCAGAUGGGGCCUUAUCUCCCUGCGCCUGAGUGCCUACGUGCAGGCAGCCAGCAACGGCGCUUCAUUUCCCGCUCAGAAAACGCAGGGUGCUUCACCCGGUCAGGGUGUCACGGAGAGGCCAGAGAAUCCCCUACCAGGGUCCCCUUUUCCUUUCCCUACGCCUGCGUGUCCCUGGCUGGUGGCACGAAUCCACCCAGGUGCCAUCAGUGUUGUAGGAGGGUGUUCAGCAUGUAUCGGAUGUGCCGAGAUGUUUCGAGCUGCCGGGUUUCAUCCCCCAGCACUACGUGUCUGUGGGCAACCAGAUGUUUUUCAGACAGAAGGAGGAAAACAUCAUCUGAAUCCUCCAGGAAGGUGACAGUCACAGCCAUGUUUAAUCUCCCAGGGGCAGCUGAAUGCAGACCCAACUGGGAAGCGAUGGCUGAUGAGAAUUCAUGUCCCUGCUCUGUCUCUCAGGAAAGAGUUGUCUGUCCCCAAAACAGGGGACAGCCUUUAGUCUGUGACCCUGCGUGAGGGAUGAGAUGAUAUCCCCAAAGCCCCUUGGUGGGGAGCAGAUGGCACAGAGGAGUGGGGACAGAGGCAUUGGACCACGGGGUAUGGCUGCCAAACCUACUUUUGAGCCUUUUUGCAGGGAAAAAGUACCCCCCACAACCCCUUUGAGUGCCAUGAGGACAGCGGGCAGUAUGACAGGGAGCCAUCACCCACCCCAGGGUGACACCAUAGUGGCUCGGGGCAGAGGGAAGUGAGAGACGCCUAGUGUCCCUCCUUGUCUGCCUAGUGCCCCCCUCUUUAUCCCCUGAUGUUCCUCCCUGUGUCCCUCCUUGUCCCCUAAAAUUCCUCUGUGUCCUUGCCAUGUCCCUCCUUGUCCCCCCCACUUUCCCUCCCCGUCCCCUCAGUGUCCCCAUAAAGCAUUCCUCCCUGUCCCCCGAUAUCCCUCCCAGUGCCUUCGUCUCAUCCAGUGUCCCCCCCAGAGUGCUCCUUGUCCCCACGGUGUCCCUCCCCAACCCCUGGUGUCCACCCCAGUGUCCCUCCCUGUCCCCACGGUGUCCCUCCCUGUCCCCAUAGUGUCCCUCCCUGUCCCCACCACGUCCCUCCCCGUCUGCCCAGUGCACCCCAGUGAGCCGGGGCGGGGCGGGGCGGGACGGGACGGGGGGGGACACGGGGGACAGGCAGUCCUCACCGCCGUCCGCACCACACCCUUAAAUGUGGGGCAGCGGCGGGUGCGCCCACAGAGGCGGCAGAGGUGGCAGAAGUAGCAGCACGGCGUCCCGUGUUGCCCGCGGCUCCUGUUUUUAGCCUGCCCCGGUGCCCCCACCGCGGGUGGCCGACUAGGUCCCGGUUUCCACCGCAGCACCGGGAGAAGCGCUGGCCAUGACGGACAGCCCGAUCCCGGCCCCGGCCCCGGCCGCCAAGCCCAAACGGGCGAGGGCACCUCGGAAGCCGGCGUCCCACCCUACCUACUCGGAGAUGAUCGCGGCAGCCAUCCGGGCCGAGAAGAGCCGCGGCGGCUCCUCCCGGCAGUCCAUCCAGAAGUACGUGAAGAGCCACUACAAGGUGGGCCAGCACGCCGACCUCCAGAUCAAGCUCUCCAUCCGGCGCCUGCUCGCCGCCGGCAUCCUCAAGCAGACCAAAGGGGUCGGGGCCUCCGGCUCCUUCCGUCUGGCCAAGGGAGACAAGGCCAAGAGGUCCCCGGCAGGGAGGAAGAAGAAGAAGAAGGCUGCCAGAAAGUCCACGUCGCCCAGGAAGGCGGCGAGGCCCAGGAAAGCCAGGUCACCGGCAAAGAAGCCCAAAGCCGCCGCCAGGAAAGCCAGGAAGAAGUCGAGGGCCAGUCCCAAGAAAGCCAAGAAGCCAAAGACUGUUAAGGCCAAGUCGCUGAAGACAUCCAAGCCCAAGAAGGCAAAGCGGUCGAAACCCAGAGCCAAAUCCGGCGCCCGGAAAUCACCCAAGAAGAAGUGAGAAGUCUGGAGGCCUUUGUCCAGACUCUCCCCGUUGGUUUCUGUAAAUAGCUUUUGCCUUUAUUUUUACCUCUUACUAUUGCAUUUUGUAACGAAUCGAUCUAUUUCUGUCUGGAAACAGCUAAAAUAAGGCAAUUAAUGAAAGAAAAAAAAAAAAAGGAACAUCUUCAGCAUGAAGAGUUCCCAUUUUUAAGA